AUGCUGGGCGUCUACAUGCAGCGGUCGUGGAUCGUGCUUGCCGCCUCCGCCGCGCUGCUCAUGCCGCUGUACGUGUCCGUGCUCGGAUGGGGCGUCGCUGGGGCCGCGCUCGCCUACGACGUGUCGUCAUGGCUCACCUCGCUCGUGCAAGUGGCCUACGUCGUGGGAUGGUGCUGGGAUGGGUGGACGGGGCUCAGCGCGGCCAUCGAGCAGCAUGAACAUCAACGGGUGGGAGGGGAUGCUGUUCAUCGGCCUCAGCGCGGCCAUCAGCGUGCGCGUGUCCAACGGCUCGGGUCCGAGCGGCCCCGUGCGAGCAUGUACGCGGUGAUGGUGGUGCUGGAGCAGUCGCUGGUGUUCGGGCUGCUGGUCAUGGUGCUCGUGCUUGCGACGCGGGAGCAGUUCCCGGCCAUCUUCACCGGCGACAGGCACCUGCAGAAGGCCGUGUCCAGCAUCGCCUACCUGUUGGCCGUCACCAUGGUGCUCAACAGCGUCCAGCCCGUCAUCUCGGGCGUCGCUGUGGGCGGCGGCUGGCAGGCCGUCGUCGCCUACAUCAACCGUUGCCGGCUGGACGGUUACCGGGAGGCGGAGUCGCCGCUGCGGUGGUCGGAGACGAGCGCGUGGAUGGCGCUGGAGAGGCUGUUGACAGCGGAGACAAGGCCCGCGAAGCCCUGGCGCCGCAACUCCAGCGGCAGCCGCCGCUCCUCCAGCUCCAGUACCUCCCGGAGACAAAGGUGCUUUGUUAGUUCGUUUGCAUUAUGGUUUAAAUAG